UGCUGGCGGCGCGCGCCCGCCCGGCCCCGCGGCGGCGGCGGCAGCGGCGGCGCGUCACGCUUUCCCCUCCCCGCCCCGAGCCGACAAGCCGGGAGGCGGUGGCCGCUGCCGCGGCAGCAACGAGGUGCAGGUGCCGGCGGCCCGCGACGACGGAGGCGGCGGCCGGCGACUUGACCCCGAGACCCACUUCACUGUAGACCCGCUCACAGCUAUACCGAUGGUUAGGGGGAGAUAGUGGCACCGGGCGAAGGAGGACGAUGAGUGCGCUGCGACCCAGCGGGCUCAAGGUCCCCACCAAGAUCCUCAAGCCCGGCAGCGCGGCCGUGAAGACACCUGCCGCCGUCGCCGUUCCCGUGGAAAAACCUGUGCCCAGUGAGAAAGCACCCGGUGCCCCUUCCUCCGAGGCACAGGAGGAGUUCGUGGACGACUUCCGUGUCGGGGAGCGGGUCUGGGUGAACGGAAACAAGCCCGGGUUCAUCCAGUUUCUGGGAGAAACCCAGUUUGCCCCAGGCCAGUGGGCCGGGAUCGUGCUGGACGAACCCAUCGGCAAGAAUGACGGCUCGGUGGCGGGAGUGCGGUAUUUCCAGUGCGGACCUUUGAAGGGCAUAUUCACGCGGCCUUCGAAGCUGGCGAGGAAGCUGCAGGCCGAAGAUGAAGCCAACGGCCUGCAGGCGACUCAGGCCUGCCGAGCGGCUUCGCCUCUGUCCACGUCUGCAGCCAGCUCCACGGCCCCCUCCCCGGCCCCCCCCUCAAGUGUUGCUCCCAAAGCGUCCCAGCCAGCAGCGAAGGAAGCUGCGGCCACACCGCCCAUGAGCAACCUCACGAAGACUGCCAGCGAAUCUACCUCCAACCUCUCGGAGGCCGGCUCGAUCAAGAAAGGAGAACGCGAGCUCAAAAUCGGGGACCGGGUGCUGGUUGGCGGCACUAAGGCCGGUGUCGUCCGGUUUCUCGGGGAGACGGACUUCGCCAAGGGGGAGUGGUGUGGAGUGGAGCUGGACGAACCUCUGGGCAAGAACGACGGGGCCGUGGCGGGAACAAGGUAUUUUCAGUGUCAACCUAAGUAUGGCCUGUUCGCUCCCGUCCACAAAGUGACCAAGAUUGGCUUCCCUUCCACCACACCGGCCAAAGCCAAGGCCGCCGCCGUGAGGCGGGUGAUGGCGACCACCCCCGCCAGCCUGAAGCGCAGCCCAUCAGCGUCCUCGCUCAGCUCCAUGAGCUCGGUGGCCUCCUCCGUGAGCAGCAAGCCCAGUCGCACGGGAUUAUUGACUGAGACCUCCUCCCGUUACGCCAGGAAGAUCUCCGGCACCACCGCCCUCCAGGAGGCCCUGAAGGAGAAGCAGCAGCACAUUGAGCAGCUGCUGGCGGAACGGGAUCUGGAGAGGGCGGAGGUGGCCAAGGCCACGAGCCACGUGGGGGAGAUAGAGCAGGAGCUAGCACUGGCCCGGGAUGGACACGACCAGCACGUCCUGGAGCUGGAGGCCAAGAUGGACCAGCUGCGAGCCAUGGUGGAAGCUGCGGACAGGGAGAAGGUGGAGCUGCUCAACCAGCUCGAGGAGGAGAAAAGGAAGGUUGAGGACCUUCAGUUCCGGGUCGAGGAGGAAUCCAUCACUAAAGGCGAUCUUGAGGUGGCCACAGUGUCAGAGAAGUCGCGCAUCAUGGAGCUAGAGAGAGACCUAGCGUUGAGAGCGCAGGAGGCAGCCGAGCUGCGGAGAAGGCUAGAGUCCAGUAAACCCGCCGGGGACGUGGACACGUCACUGUCCCUCUUGCAAGAGAUAAGCUCUUUGCAAGAAAAGUUAGCAGCCACCCACACCGACCACCAAAGAGAAGUCACUUCCCUGAAGGAGCAGUUUGGAGCCCGGGAAGAAACCCACCAGAAGGAGGUGAAGUCUCUCCAGGCCGCUGCGGAGAAGCUCUCCAAAGAGAACGAGUCGCUGAAGAGCAAGCUGGAGCUCGCCAACAAGGAGAGCGCGGACGUGAUCGCGCUGUGGAAGUCCAAGCUGGAGACGGCCAUCGCGUCCCACCAGCAGGCGAUGGAGGAGCUGAAGGCGUCCUUCGGCAAGGGGGCCGGGGCAGAGACCGCCGCCCUUGCCGAGUUAAAAACGCAGAUCGAGAAGGCGAGACUAGAGUACCAGCACGAGAUAGAAAACUUGCAGAACAAACAGGACUCCGAACGGUCCGCUCACGCCAAAGAGAUGGAGGCCGUCAGGGCCAAGCUGACGGAGGUCAUUAAAGAGAAGGAGAAGAGUCUGGAGGCCGUCAGGUCGAAGCUGGACAGAGCCGAGGAGCAGCAUCUGGUGGAGAUGGAAGACACGCUGAACAAAUUGCAGGAAGCGGAAGUAAAGGUAAAGGAGCUAGAGGCCCUGCAAGCCAAAUGCAGUGAACAAACCCAGGUCAUUGAUAAUUUUACAUCACGGCUCAAGGCUGCUGAGGAAAAGCUCUUGGACCUUGAUGCGCUUCGGAAAGCCCAUUCGGAAGGUAAAUCAGAAGUCGAGACGCUUAGCCGGCAGCUUGAGGCGGCCGAGAAGCAGAUUAAAAGUUUAGAGGUUGAAAAGGAGGCUGAGAGUGGCAAGGUUAGUAGCGUCACCAAAGAGCUGCAGGGGAGAGAGCUUGCGCUCGGUAGACUCCAGGAGCACGCGAGCGAAGUCAGUCGAGCCAAAGAGGUUUUGGAGAAAGAGCUCCAGACUCUGAGAGAAAAGUUUGCCGAUGCUUCAGAGGAGGCGGUCUCUGUUCAGAGAAGUAUGCAAGAAACUGUAAACAAACUACACCAAAAAGAGGAGCAGUUCAACGCGCUGUCUUCUGAAUUGGAGAAGCUGAGAGACAAUUUAACAGACAUGGAGGCCAAGUUCAGAGAGAAAGACGAGAGAGAAGAGCAGUUGAUAAAAGCCAAAGGAAAACUGGAAAACGACAUCACAGAAAUCAUGAGAAUGUCAGGGGACAGCUCCUCUCAGUUGACAAAAAUGAAUGACGAGCUGCGUCUGAAGGAGAGAAACAUAGAGGAAUUGCAGCUAAAACUUACCAAGGCCAACGAAAACGCAGGCCUUCUGCAGAGAAGCAUUGGCGAAGCGACGCUCAGGGCUGAGCAGAGCCAGCGAGAAGCGGCUAAAAAGCACGAGGAGGAAAAGCAAGAACUGCUGAAGAAGGUGCUGGACCUGGAAAAGAAGAUGGAAGUGAGCCACAACCAGUGUCAAGACCUGAAAGCCAGGUACGAAGAAGCCAGCUCCGAGGCCGCGGCGAAGCACGAGGAGGCGGUGCAGGAGCUGCGGAGGCUGCUCUCGGACACGGAGGGGAGGCUGGCGGCGGCCCAGCAGCAGCACCGGGACCUGCUGCAGGAGACGGUGGAGCUGAGGAAGCAGGCCGACAAAGCCCGAUCGCUAACUUAUUUGUUAACAUCAGCCAGAAAAGAACUUGAGCUAAUGUCAGAAGAGCUGAGGGGUCUGAAAUCAGAGAAGCAGCUUCUCGCACAGGAGGGAAAUGCUUUAAAGUUAGAGAAAGGUUCGCUUUUGUCAAAGCUUCUCGAGGUGGAGGCCAAAAUAACGUUACUGCAGGAAGACCAACAGAAACUGUGGUCCAUAAACGAAACCCUGAACCUAGAGAAGGAGAAAGCCCUCGGAGAAAAGCAGGACGCCGAGAGGCUGUGUCAGCAGGAGCAGCGCCGCAGCGGGGCCCUGGCCGCCGAGAGGGAGAAAUGGCUUCAAGAAGUCAACGCUGCGCAGGAAGAGCUCCUGAAGAUAAACACAGAAAACGAGUCCUUGCAAGCCUCCAAAGCGACCUUGCAGGCUCUCGUGGAAGAGCUGCAGUUCAGCAAAGACGGCCUGAUUGCCGAGUGCAAGAAGGGUCGGGAGGAAAGAGAGCGCCUGGACGCUCACACCAGGAAGCUUGUUGCCGAGCACCUUGCCUUGGCUAAAGAUAAAGAGGAAACUAUUCAGAAGCUUCAGAGCUCUUACGAGGAGCUAGCCAGAGAUCAGAAAACCUUGGUGCAGGAGAUCAGAGAUCUCACAGACCAGAAAAAGUCGGCGUUAGAGAAGCAGUCAGGCCUCGAAAGCAUGUGCGUAGCCUUAAAGGCGGAAAGAGACGCCCUUCUUCAGAACAGCAAAGACCUGCAGCUGGAGAAGGACGCGCUGCGGCAAGACCAGGAGAAGCUGAACGUCAGCCUGGCCGCCGCCCUGCAGGUCAAACAGCUGCUCAGCGCCGAGGCCAGCGGGCUCCGCACGCAGCUGGACGACACCAGCAAAGCACUGCGGAAGGCCGAGCUGGAGACCCUGCAGCUCCAGGCCACCAAGGGCAGCCUCACAAAGCUCCUGGAGGAAAUUCAGGCCAGCCGGGCCGUCACGGACUCCGAGUGCAUCCAGCUCCUGCACGAGAAGGAGACCUUGGCCGCGUCGGAGAGAAGGCACUUGGCCGAGAAAGAAGAUCUUGUGCAUGAAAACAGGCUCCUCACUGAGAAACUCAGCCAGUGCUCGGACGAGGCUGCCCGCACCGAGAUGAGCCUGAACGAGAAGCUCUCUUACCUGACCUCCGAGAAGGACAUGGUUUGUCAGAAAAUUUCUAAGAUCAAAAAGCAGCUCGAUAGUGUUUUAAAAGAAAAAUCCGUGCUGGAAAUGCAACACGGAGACUUGCUGGCAGAAAGAGAAAACUCCGUCAGUGCCAUCGGAGAGCUUAAACGGAAAUGCGACGAGGAGGCUGCACACAGGAGGGUCGUCGUGCAAGAGAAGAUGAAACUGCUUGGUAAUCUCGAUGCUCUGAAGAAGGAGCUGCAGGAGAGAAAGAGGGAGAACCAGGACCUGGCGGCCACCAAGUGUGAGCUCUCUCUGAUGCUGCAAGAGGCUCAAAACGCCCAAAAGCAUCUAGAAAAAGAACACGCGAGCAUCCAGCAGGCCAAGGAGAGCCUGAGUGCUGAACUGGAGACUUGCUGGGCCGAGAAGGACGCGCUGCAGGAGGAGUGUCGGAAACUGACCCAGGAGAUGCAGAUGGCCCAGCAGUCCUUACUCCUGGAGAGAGAAGCCAGAGCCAAGGACAGCGAGUCCUCCUCGCACGAAAACGGCAAGCUCCGCGGGAGGGCGGCGCACCUGCAGCAGGAGCUGGAGGAGGCAAGAGCGUGCGCCGAGACGCUCCAGUCCGAAAACUGUGCGCUGCUCCAAGAGAAGGCCAAGUCGGAGCAGAAAGUGGUGGAGAUACUCCAGGAAAAGGAGCUCCUGGCCGCGGAGACGGCGCGGCUGGCUGCCAACAUCGAGACUCUGAAGAGCGACUUCGCCUCCUUGUCCAAGUCCAAGUUGGAGCUGCAGGAGCUGCACGCCUGCCUCACCACGAUCCUGGAUGACCUGCGGCUGGACCACGAGGCGGCCCUGGCCGACCGCGCCAAGGCGCUGCAGGACAGCAAGAGCCUGCUGGCGGAGAAGAGGGAGGUGGUGCUGAAGAAGGACGAGCUCCUGAAGGAGCAGGAGAAGCUGGCCGAAAGCUACUUCGUCCUACAGAAGGAGGUCGGCCGGCUGGCCAAGACCAACAGCCACAUUUCGGCCAACCUCCUAGAAUCUCAAAAUGAAAACCGUAUUUUGAGGAAAGACAAGAGCAAGCUCACUCUUAAAAUUAGAGAGCUCGAGACGCUUCGCUCGCUGACGACUGUGCAGACGGCAGAUGACGCCUUGCAGAUCGUGGAGCAGAUGACCAAGGAGAAGACCGCCACGCUGGCCUCCUUGGAGGACACCAAGCAGACCAACGAGAAGCUGCAGAGCGAAUUGGAUACACUUAAAGAAAACAACUUGAAAAAUGUAGAAGAGCUGAACAAAUCGAAAGAACUUCUGACCGUGGAGAACCAAAAAAUGGAAGAAUUCAGGAGAGAAAUAGAAACCCUGAAGCAGGCAGCGGCGCAGAAGUCCCAGCAGCUCUCGGCACUGAAGGAGGAGAACGCAAAACUCACCGAGGAGCUGGGGAGGCGGAGGGACGAGGUCUCGACCCACCAGAAGGUGGAGGAGGAGAGAUCUGUGCUCAAUAACCAGCUGUUAGAAAUGAAAAAGAGGGAAUCCAAGUUAUUAAAAGACACCGAUGAAGAAAAGGCUUCCUUGCAGAAAUCCAUCAGUAUUACUAGUGCCUUACUCACAGAGAAGGACGCGGAGCUGGAGAGGCUGAGGAAUGAGGUGACCGCGCUCCGGGGAGAGAACGCCUCCGCCAAGUCCCUGCACUCCGUGGUGCAGUCUCUGGAGUCCGACAAGGUGAAGCUGGAGCUCAAAGUAAAGAACUUGGAGCUUCAACUCAAAGAAAACAGGAGGCAGCUCAGCAGCUCCUCAGGCAAUACUGACACGCAGGCGGAGGAGGACGAGCGGGCCCAGGAGAGUCAGAUUGACUUCCUGAAUUCAGUAAUAGUGGACCUUCAGAGGAAGAAUCAAGACCUCAAGAUGAAGGUGGAGAUGAUGUCAGAGGCAGCCCUGAACGGGAACGGUGACGACCUAAACAAUUACGACAGUGAUGACCAGGAGAGGCAGUCCAAGAAGCCGCCUCGCCUCUUCUGUGACAUAUGUGACUGCUUUGAUCUCCACGACACGGAGGAUUGCCCCACCCAGGCACAGAUGUCCGAGGACCCACCCCACUCCACACACCACGGCAGCCGAGGCGAGGAGCGCCCGUACUGUGAAAUCUGCGAGGUGUUCGGGCACUGGGCCACCAACUGCCACGACGACGAGACCUUCUGACGAAGCCGCAGGCCGAGAGCCCGGCUCCCGCGGGCGCCCCGGCGUCUAGGCAGCCAAACACCAGCAUUGCAUGUGCGGACUUCAGGAGAACGCACGUUAUUUUUGAGCCCCAUCUACAGAUCUAACAAAAUAUUUUGAUCCUCAACAAAUCGCUUUUAGUUUCCCCUUACAAGUUAGAAUAAUAAAUAACUAAACACUUAGUAGGUGAGUUUUCACCUCCGACGUUGUCAUCCUGACCUUGAAGUUUGAGCAAAACAAUGCACCAGAGGCCGUCACUCGUGUCCUCCCGAGGGAGACCUCGUAGGACAGCCCCUUCCUCCCAGUACCUUAUUUAAGUAAGUUAUGCCGUUACUCUUCAUGUUUGCACUAAAAUCUCUUCAGGCUGCAUUUGUAUAUUUAGGUCUUUGGGUUGAGCUUUGACACUGGAAUGAGUUGAAAAGAUGUGCCAUUUUGCAUUUUCAUCUACUCGUUUAUAAAGUAUUUUAUUCUUAAUCGAAGAAGUACCUGAGCUCUUUGCACUGCCUGCCGUCAGUGGUGCCUUCGCUCCGGCUUGGCGACACCUGGGUGUGAUCACGAAAUCAUGGGACAGGUGGGGGCGGCCGCGCCCCCGAGCUGCUGUGGGGCGUUCUGUAAUCCAGACGCUGCACCCACUUCCUCACUGUGGUGUUUUGUUGGUUUUACAUAAUUUCAGCUUCUAUAUAUUAUAUGUAUAUAUUUUUUAAAAAAUCUCUAUUUUGGGAAAAAGCAUACACAGUGUGUCUUUCUUUUCAGACUUUUACCUUUAUGAAAAAGAAAACAUUUAGAGGGUUCAUCAGGACAUAAUGGGCUGGGCCAGAAAGAGCAUCACACAGAGUUAGAAGCAUCUUUUCUUUGGUUUUCGUUUUCUUUGUCAGAUAGAAAUAAAUGCAGAUUCCUUCCUUCUCCAGUAGAUUCCCCCUGCAGUCAAGUAACUAGAUGAUAAACCACUAUACAACACCCACACUAACCAAUCUGCAAUCUACAAGUUGUUUUUACCGUCUUUAGAUGAAUGUAUGAUGAGAAAGUCAACAUUAAUAAUUUUGGAUUUUCUUAUCACAAAAAAAUUAAAUGAAGGACCUCAGCCUCCACAAGUUUAUCAGCCAGUCUGGACCUAUUUAUCUUGAUUUGAAUGUCUUCUAGAAGAUGUAAAAAAUAAGAUGUAUCUUCCAUGCUACAUGUAUAAUAAGAACUUCUAUAAUUGUAUAUAUGCCUCUGAUGUAUUUUCCCCUCAAGAUUAUUAACUGUUUGACAAGUGAAAAAUCUGUAAUUGGAUGAAAUUUUCUGGUUAUAAACAUAAUAGGAAUUGUUUCACAAACAAUAUGUAAAUCAGUAUUAAAAUUUGAGCAAACAGAUGUUCUGUAGCUACUUUAAUAAAUGGUUAUUCUCUUUUGCACA